UCGGCUUCAGACCUGGCUAAGACGACGAACUCCAUUUAUAUUCUCUUCUACUCUCUAGCCUGUCCUAAGAGGUUACUACGCAUCUAUUGGUUCUCAUUUUGAACCAUGGAUUUUAGUUCUCCUACACCAUCUCUUACUCCAAGCAUCGGUUCUCCUCCUCCUUUCAUUCCUGUGCAACCAGACCACUUUUAUCGCUUAGAUGACAGCAGUGGUUUGCCGUCAUCUCCUCGCUCCCUCGAUGGGACUACUUGGUAUGAACCAGAAGACGACCGUUUGGCAUCACGUGGAAUCCCUGUUUUCAAGCCAACAAUGGAAGAAUUUCGAGAUUUCGAAGCGUACAUGAACAUGGUCGAAUGUUGGGGCAAAUACAGCGGUAUAGUCAAGGUCAUUCCUCCCAAAGAGUGGAGCGAUGCUUUGCCCUCUGUGAAAGAACAACUAUCUUCUGUUCAGAUCAAGACGCCGAUAGAACAACUUAUGCUCGGGCAAACCGGCCUUUUCCGUCAACAGAACAUGGAAAAACGGAAAACGAUGAGCGUGCGCGAAUGGGCCGAGUUUUGUAGCCAACCUGAAUACCGGGCUCCAAGUGUCGAUGAAGUUGGAAUCCAUGCGCGAACCACCGUGAAAGCCAAGACGCGGAGAACUAGGAAGUCUAAAGUCACCGCUAAAGACGAAGCAGGUGACCUUGAUCUGGCAAACCAAGUGUUAAUUAAAGAAGAGCCGGUCGAUAGCCUGACGCACGACCAUAUCCUGCUGUCUCAUUCCGCUACUCCUGCUGGAGACGACAUAAAGCCAAAGGUCAAGAAUAACAGGAGACAACAGGAAAAACUCACCGAGGUUGAAAAGUUAGAAAGAGAUGCUUCGUUCCUCGAAAAUUUCGAUCCCGCGCUAGAUUGGCUGCCUUUUAGUAUGAGUCCGGAGGAUUACACUCCAGAGUUUUGCGCAAAGCUUGAAAGGCACUAUUGGCGUAAUCUGGGUUUGGGAAAAGCUCCGUGGUAUGGAGCAGAUACACAAGGCUCUCUUUUCACCCAUGAGACGGAAGAAUGGAAUGUGGCUCAUCUUGAGUCAGAGCUCUCUCGACUUCUACCUUCGAGCGACAGAGGACUACCAGGCGUAAAUACUCCUUAUCUCUACUGGGGGAUGUGGAGAGCCACCUUCGCUUGGCACGUCGAAGACAUGGAUCUAUUUAGCAUAAAUUAUAUCCAUUUUGGAGCCCCAAAAUUCUGGUAUGCCAUUCCACAAGGAAGAGCGGCCGCACUUGAGCAAACAAUGCGAAGUUACUUUCCUAAGGACACUUCUCAAUGCCCAGAGUUCCUUCGUCACAAGUCGUUUCUCGCCUCGCCUACCUUGUUGGCCAGAUCGGCAUGUAGACCCAAUACCGUAGUUCAACACGCAGGUGAAUUUAUCAUCACCUAUCCUCGAGGGUAUCAUGCAGGAUUCAACCUUGGCCUCAACUGUGCAGAAAGUGUCAAUUUUGCUUUGAAGAGUUGGGUAGAAUUAGGGAAGGUAGCAAAGGCUUGCAAAUGUGUGCCGGACAGCGUCGUUAUAGACGUCGGUCAACUGAUAGCAGAUCGCGCCAGAGAAAAAGAAACAGCAGAAACUUAUCCCUCAGAUAUUCUUCCUUCUUCACUCAGAGCUAAACCUUACGCCAGGAAGUCGCCCACUAGAGCUCCUCCGAUCCUUGUCAAGGAACAGGAGAUAUAUGUAUCUAUCUCUCCUUUGGCAAAGAAUAAGCGGAAGGCUACCUCUUCCGCAAAUCAUACGCCGGCAGCGAAGAGACCACGCAAGUCAAAACCCACAACCAUAACGCUGCCCCCCAUCGCUUCUUCACACACCGUCGUGACUCAACCGUUCCCCAAACUAUCAAUCAAAUUGAAGUUAGGGCCAAGGCCUAUACCAGAAGUGUUCCCAUGUUGUCUGUGUGUUUCCAUGAGCAAUGAAGGGCUACUUCAUGUUCAUGAUCCCCCUUUCGAUCGGAAAGAAGCAUUAGAAGCUUGUUCAAAUCCUUCUGUUUGGAUGGCCCACGAACGGUGUGCGAACAUUAUCCCGGAAACUUGGGUUGACGAGGUUGAAAAGGUUUCUGGUGAGAGGGAAAAGAUGGUUUUUGGUGUGGAUGGGAUCGUGAAAGAUAGAUGGAAUCUCAAAUGUUCUGCAUGUACCAGGAUGCAACCAAAAGCCCAUGGCGCACCCAUUCAAUGUACGAGGGGCAAAUGUUUGAAAGCAUUCCAUGUGUCUUGUGCAUGCGAGGGGAAAGAUAACAAUAUUGUCUUCAACGUAUUGCGAGAAUCGGAGAAAGAAGUCGUCCUACUUGAUGCAGUUUCACCACAUAAUCAUAAGCAGGUUGACCUUGAAACACACGCCGUUAACGGUCAUGAUGCAAUGGCUCCAAACAAAGAUGCCCCGUCGCCGAACGUUCUCAAAGUAAUCAAGAAAUUGGAAGUACAGGUUUUAUGCUCUCAACACAACCCAGCUGUUGCAGCUGCGAAGAGAGCGUCGAAGCAAGAUAGGAUCAAAGCGGAUCUGCUCGCUCUUCCUCCAAUGUCACGUAUCAAGCUUCGGGUGAGUGCGGGCGUCUUCGAGGUAACCCUCAUCCGAGUUAUUGAGGAGAUCGGGUCUGUCGAAGUUGUGUGGGACCGUGGAUUGAAGAGGGAGUUUAAAUGGGGUAGCGUUGUUUUCGGGAAUACAGAUGGUCCAAUAUUACAGAAGCCAUCAGAACCUGCUCCGGACCCUCCGCCAAUGGGUGCUAGUUUAACUCCCUAUUCUACCUCAUCGACCCCUCAAGUAACGGCCAGCCAAUUACCUCCUGUUGAGGCAACUACAACAAGCCCUUCAUAUAGUACGACUUCGCAGUACCCUUAUGCGGCAUACAAUCUAUACGAUUAUGGAAAGUAUCUGCCUCAGCCAUCCCAUGCUUCCCACGGCGCCCCAAAUAUGGGCGCGUCAUCCACCAAUCACGUUUCAGGGCCGUCGUUUACUGCCUCGUAUACACACCUAGCCCAAAGCCAUUAUCUUCAGAGUGCAUGGCAGCAGCAAUAUCAACAACUAAAUUUGGCACAGAAGUAUCGACCUCCUGCUGUCUAUAUUGCACCGCAAUUAUCAACCCAAUCUGGUUCGCCUUCAUUAGCACUUAACCAAACACCCUCAACCUCCAUCUCCCCAAUUGCUUCGAGCACCCCGACUCCGAUACCAACUCCGAUAUCAACGCCUUCGUAUAACUCUGUUUCAAGCAGUGUUAAUCUCAUGCCGACCUGUAUACACCCAACUCCGAUAAGAACGACCGGCUCUAUUUCCAACACUAUACAGACGAGUACCCCUACUCUUCCUUCUCCGAUCAUGCAAGAUCCUCCAUCCGUUACUCUCCCACAUGCUCAGAGUCCCUCUAUUGCAUAUACACUUCCUCAAUCUCAUAUGACACAUGACCCUUCUACCCAGGCUCCAGUCUUUGAUUUUGAUGCACUGAAAUCUUUGCGCCCGGAGCAGCUCGCCCAACUCGUUCGUGAUAAUGCUCAGUUCCGAGAUAUCUUCCAAUCUGCCUUCCAAUCAUGAAAUAUGAAAUGAACACUUGUAUUCUUCACUCCGUCUCAUAAUUUCCUUAUGUAUACUUAUAUUAUUUACUCUCUUCAUGUACCUAUAAUCCGUACAGCUAUACUACUCAUGUCGCAUAGUGCAUGGCAGCUGGAAGUUCAGCUGGUGACUUGAA